AUGAGGCUGAAAGACGGGCGCGCAGCGAAGAACAGUAUGACUAACCCAAAAAAAAAAAAAAAAAAAAAAGAAGAAAUCCUCUUUGAAUACAUACGGAAUAACAACUCCGAGGCCGUUCAGCUGUUGAACUGCAUAUGGUUAUACUGCUUCUAUCAGAACAUAAAAACGUUAGGAAAAAAUGUACGAGUGCUACAGAAUGGAAAAGGCAACGGUCCCCUGCUAGUAAAGGACCUUUUGACCCUGCGCAUGAACAUCAACGAUGCGUAUGAGUACUUCCAGACCAUUCUAUCCACUGCACUAAAAAUAUAUGGCGAGAAAAAAGACGAGUAUAUCUCACACAUGAACCAUGUGGUGGGUAGACAAGGCGACUACUCCGGACAUGCGCCCCUGAGUGAUGUGUACAGCGGAGAUACCCAUUUGAAGGACCUUUCGUUUGGGGAGGACUCCUACGUGAACAACGUUAUCGACAUUUUGUACGCCAGGGAGAGCGAUCAACCUGGUGAAGAACGGAAUGACCAAAAGGGUGAGCAGCGUCAUGAUCGACAUGAUGAUCAGAGUGGUUCCUCAAAGGGUGAGAGGGAAGCCCUACACAGCCGUCUAGAAAUCGUCCGAAUCUGCAUCAGCAACAUUUUCAAAAUUCUGGGCGAUCUGCACAGAUAUAAGUGUUACUUCUUUGAGGAAAAGAAGAAAAAAAAUGAAAUGAAGGCAUGCUUGAAUUAUUACAAGGCCCUGAGUUAUUAUAGGUACAGUGGGCACCUAUUUAAUCAGCUCACUCUGCUUUACACGACGGGCAACCCGAUAAAAUGCCUGUUUUUCUACUUCCUUUCGUUGAUAGCGGUUAAGCCUGCUCCGAAUAGGGACGCCGUUGUCAUGUACAUGGAGAGCGUCCUCAGCGGGGGGAAGGGCCUGGUCAAAUGGCUGGCGCGCCUCCGGGGGGCAGGAGGCAGCGGAAGUGUCGACCUCGGCACCCCGGUGAGCAAUCCCUGCAACGGCGAAACGUCCUGCAAACUGGGGAGGGGCAUCUUCUACAUCAAAACUAAAGAGAGGCACUUUCUUCCCUCCAUAAAGGGCAGUGAGAACGAGGGAAAGGACACCAUCUACCACCAAAGGGAAAGGCACCACGAUAAAGUGAACCCCAGAGCUGGGAAAAAACACACAGAUGGAAAGAAGGAAGGAAGUUCCAACGGUGGACAUGGCACCACAAAGGAAAACCUAGCCGAGAAAGAACUCAAUGAAGCCAUUUUUAACUUCUACAUGAGCUACUUCAAAAUUGUGAAGCUACUAUUCUCCAAAAUUAACAUGAACAAAUUUGAAAAAAAAAAAAAUAAAUUUAUUUACUACACCAAUAGGUACAUAAAGCUGCAGUACUAUAACAGUAGGAGAGAAGACACUCUGAUGCUGAAGAAUAUCAUCCUCAUCAUCUUUACGCUGCUAAGUUUGGUUAUAUAUGUUAUCACGAACCAACAUGACCAAGGGUACAGGAACCCAAGGGGAUCCUUCUUCUAUGGCAAUGUAAAUGUCUCCAAAUAUGUCUACAAAAAUGAGCAGAUUUACUUUUCUUUCCUUUUGAUUCACGAGCUGUUACUGUCAUGUGAAGACUUCUACACGAAUUUUUUCCCCAGCUAUUUGUCCGUUUUUAUAUACACUCUUUACUGGUUCCGAAAUGAGCCUAGUGUCUGGGAGGUGGACUUGGAUAGAUGCACCGAGGAGGACAACAGAGAAAGGGACCACCUCGUGAAGCAGUACCAUGAGGAUUACCGGGGGAAGAGCGUCUACGGGAGGAGGGCUAUCCGCGGGGAGAAGAACACCCCCGGGGAGAGGACCACUUUGCAUUCCUCCGCCGCGAGGAGACCUCCCUGGGAGAGAAGGAAAGGUGAACCGCCUUUUUCGAAACAGAACCGUUACAACCAAGUUGUGGAGGACCCCUGUGACGACCCCGAAUUUGCUCACAACAAAGACAUCAUAAAAAGCAUCAAAGAGUUACUAAUGGGGAUAAAGGUGAAGGAGGAAAUCCCACUGAAUGAUACAUCACUGCUGCGCUACAAACUUAGGGAAGAUUUUUACAUUUAUCCUUUUCUGAGUGGGUUGCAGUUUAGUAGUGUGGACGGCGGAGGAAACCAUUCUGCUGAGAAGGGGUGCAAGGUAGCUUCCUCCCAAUGGAGCAGCCUCUCUAACGUGGCUUACCAACAAUUUGGCUCCAACCAUGUCGACAUAAAGUGUAACCAACUGCCCUUCGAGCGGAACAACCACAGAGGGGGUAGCCAUCUCACCAAUUUCGACGACUCAAAUGAAGAAGAUGUGGUGCUUCUAAAGAACCCAUUGUUUGUAAAGGCGAGCAGCCUGUAUAUGAACGGGCAGAUAGUGGACCCUAGGGACGACGCCAGCAAGGGGAUAAACUGCUACAACGAUUUAUACGAGAUGUCCGCCAUCAGUGGAAAUAAUGUGCAUUCAUCGGAGCGGCAAGGUGGAAGUAACGGGACGGGGCACACAUAUGAGAGUGCCUCUGCGAAUGAUAGCCAAGGAAGGAACAGCUCCGGUGAGCAAAGCGAUGAUGGGGUCGCACUGAACAGACACAGAAUGUGCCACCCGAAGGAAUGCUCUAAAAGAGAUCACUACAUUGCGGCAGUAGUUGACAUCCCGAAUGAUGAGCCGCUGGAGGAGGUAGCAGACCACGUUCGAAUCAUGCGGUUUAGGUCUCUGACCCAGGGGGUGCUAAACGAGAACGAAAAGCAAAGGGUAUACGCCCCUAACGCUUGCAAAGAGUAUUUGGCUACGCGAGGGAGAGGCGAGAUACGGCAGGAUCAUUUCCCCAAUGCGGACGGCAUAGCAGAGAUGACUGUGGUAGAGGUGCCUCACGUGGCGGAUACUACAUCUCGGGGGAGAGGAAGCCAAGAGUACACCACGCCCAUCGGCGCAGAGGUGUGCAAAAACGAAAUGAGCUGCACCAUGAGCCGAAGCGAUGACGACAACAAAACGGGCAACGUGAUGAGCGAUCACACUGGUAGUUACAGAGCACAUCCAAAUGGUGGAAUAAAUCAAAACGAUUAUUUUAACUAUCCCGUUUUGGAGAGCUUCCAUCAGGUUAGGAGCGAUGAUUUAGGGUCCAUGCCGAACGGUAAUGUAGAGAAUGACGACAGUUGCAAGGAUGUCAUGGAUGGAAGAUUCAAUUCGUCUAACGAGAUGACCAAGGGAAGUGACGAGGCCAGCUUGGGAGCCAACUCGGAAGACCUGUCCUAUCCGAGUUCCCCAAUGGAGGCAGACUCCAGCAUAGACGCCAUGACCCAAUUGGUUAGGAUUCCUUUCCAAGCAGACGACUUUCACAAGGGGGAAGGUAAAGCGAAGGCAUUGAUGGGGAAGCUCCCGAAGGGUCAAGUCCCAAUGGACAGAAUAACGUCUGCAUCGUGUAAGAGGGAUAGCAGCUCGUCUCCACAUAACUAUGAACAGCCCCAUCAGAUGCGAAACGGGACAGUGUGGGUAGAAGAGGGAAACCCGACACUGCAGAAGAUGGUAAUCCUUGAUGGGAAGAACAUCGGCACGAGGUACCAGGACAACUACAACAAAUAUUUCGACCCAUUUCGAAUAAAGGUGGUAUUAGAUUAUUAUCGAUUUAAGAAGUAUCAGGUGAAGAUAGUCAUUCCGCAAGAAUACGUAAUGCACGGGAGGAAUGAUCUCCUUGGAAAGAACCCCAACAGGGAUUACUACCCCUUGCAGGUACAGAACAGUAGCGAAGGGGAAGACUUUAUUCUCACGGGGAAUGCCCUGCUCUUUUUUCAGAAUCUGCACAUUUUAGGAUGUUUAAUUGUGCACCCCUUGGAAAGCUACUACGCAUUCUGCGUCAACCUUGUGCAGAGGUGGAACUCCUGUUUUGUAACCAACGUGACUCUGUCUGAACUGAACAUGAAGGUGCACGAAUUGGAGCAGCCCCCCCUGAAGAGUAUCGCGUCGCACUUCAUAUCGUACACCUUUCUGGGCGACGAGUUUCUCCCCAACCCUACCUUUCGCUGGCCCGCCAUCUGUAAGGUGCAAGUGCGCGUCGUUUCAGCGUCAAACAGGGAGCGUUUUGUAGUGAAGUAG